UUCAAUGGGCCAAACUCAUCGGGCCCAUGAAGCCCCUUGUCCAUUAGGGUUUUACGUAUAUAUCACAUUUCCUUCUUCUUCGUACGCCCUUUACAAAACAGCAAAACUUGAAUCGGCGGCGAGUCGCAAUCGGAAUCGCUGCUCAUCGUAAAAAUGGUUAAGGCAAAGUUUCACCAGUACCAGGUCGUCGGAAGGGGUCUUCCAACGGAAACCGAUGAACACCCUAAGAUUUACCGCAUGAAGCUUUGGGCAACCAAUGAAGUUCGUGCCAAAUCCAAAUUCUGGUAUUUCUUGAGGAAGUUGAAGAAGGUUAAGAAAAGCAAUGGACAAGUGCUGGCUAUCAAUGAGAUUUUUGAGAAAAAUCCCACAAAGAUCAAAAACUAUGGAAUAUGGUUGAGAUACCAGAGUCGUACUGGUUAUCACAAUAUGUACAAGGAAUACCGUGAUACUACUCUAAACGGUGCUGUUGAGACAAUGUACAACGAAAUGGCAUCUCGUCAUAGGGUCAGGUUUCCAUGCAUUCAAAUCAUUAAGACUGCCACCAUCCCAGCCAGUCUUUGCAAAAGGGAGAGCACUAAGCAGUUCCACAACUCCAAAAUCAAGUUCCCCUUGGUGUUCAAGAAGAUUAGGCCACCAACCAGGAGCCUGAAAACAACAUACAAAGCAAACAGGCCCAACCUGUUUAUGUGAUUCAGUAAUCACAUUUCCUUUCUCAUAUUGGAGUUGCUUGUUUUAUCAGUUAGCACAUUAAGAGCUUUCUGAAGAUAAUUGUGUUUUAACAAAACUUCAUUCCCGGCAAACUCUGACGUAGUUUGCAUUUUUCCUAGUUUGUUUUUUGUUGAGUAUUUUGUUUUACCUGUUAUGCAGUUGUUUAUUUUUGUCUUUUAUGUACUGGUACAAGAUUGAUUUUGAAUUUAGCGAUUACUUUUUGUUUCAAACAAGAUGUUAUAAUAUGAUCAUUGAUUGUUGAAAAAAAUACAUUUCUAUA